AUGACACCUACUAAAGGCUGGUGUGAUUUACGGAAUCUUGAGGCGUUGGAUCUUAGUGAAAAUGCACUCGAAGGAACACUUCCUUCAUGUUUGGGUAACUUAUCAUCUCUCCGUUAUCUGGAUAUUUCCGACAAUCGAUUUACUGAAAAUGAUGCCUCCACUUCUCUGGGCAAUCUUACAUUGCUUAGAUUCGUUGCUCUUUCAAAAAAUCUAUUUCAAGUUCCGGCUUUUUUCAUAUCAUUUGCAAACCACUCACAUCUCAAGGUCCUCUUAAGCAAUCAAAACAAGCUAGUAAAAGAGCCUAUCUCUCAAACUUGGAUUCCAAAGUUCCAAUUAGAAGUCUUCCGUAUGUCAAAUUGUACAACAAAGGAACUCCACAAUGAACUUCCCAAAUUCCUCCAUCACCAAUAUGACUUGAGUAUUGUUGAUCUUUCAUUUAACAAUUUUGGAGGAACGAUUCCUUCUUGGUUGUUAGUGAACAAUACAAGAUUAGAAGCAUAUUUAAUGGCAGGAAAUUCUUUAUGGGCUCGCUCCAGUUGCCUUUACACCCAAAUCCAAACAUGUCCAUUAUUGAUAUAUCUGAGAGCAAAAUACAGGGUCAAAUUCCAACAAACAUUUGUUCGUAAUAUUCCUCCUUGUCUGGGUGGUUUGAGACAUUUAGAUCUGUCAUAUAAUAAUUUGUCCGGAGGAAUACCAGAAGAGUUUGGAAAGAGUGACUUGUUACGGUUUCUCAGACUGUCGAAUAAUAAUUUGAGUGGGAAGAUAGCCCCCACGAUAUUUAGCUUAUAUUCAUUAACAACAUUAUAUUUAGAUAGCAAUAAUUUUGAUGGAGAGAUACCUAAUAUUGAUAUCUCAACCAGUAUACCUUCCCUUUUUGAUAUGGAUUUAAGUAACAACAAUUUGUCUGGCAAGCUCCCAAGAUGGGUAUGGAAUAUGUCAGAUUUGAUGACAUUGGCUUUAUCCAACAAUCAGCUUGAGGGUCCCAUUCCGAUGGAAUUGUGCUAUUUGGAUUGCCUUCUGUUUUUGGACGUUUCACAAAAUAAUUUUUCUGGCCCACUACCAUCUUGCUUUGAUGCACGAUUUGUCAGACAUCUUCAUUUGAGCAAAAAUAGAUUAACUGGUAACUUGGCAGGUGUAUUCUUUAACAGCUCUUCACUGGUGACUUUAGACCUUAGUGAAAACUAUUUGACCGGUGAAAUUCCAUCUUGGCUUGGUACUCUUUCAGCUUUGAGUGUCCUUCUUCUGAAAGCCAAUUAUUUGAUUGGGGGAAUUCCGGUUCAGCUAUGUGAAUCAUACUCAUUAAGCAUCAUAGAUCUUUCUCAAAACAAGCUUUCUGGUCCUAUACCUUCUUGUUUGGGUAAUUUAACUCUUGAGCCAAACGCUGGGAAGUCUUUAACAGGGACGGGAACUUUCUAUUUUGGUUCGACAUUGGAGGGAGCUGAUUAUUAUGGAAUGACAAUAUUAGAAAGGGAUCAUUUAAAAGCACAAGAGGCAAUCCUUGGAUCUUUAAUCGAUGAGAGUCAUAUCGAAGAACGGGUGGAUUAUACAACAAAGAGUGGUUUUUACACAUACAAAGGUAAGAUUCUUGAGAACAUGUCUGGAGUCGAUUUAUCCUGCAACAGACUAACAGGUGAAAUCCCCUUUGAGAUUGGAAAUUUGAGUGACAUCCGUUCAUUAAACUUGUCGCAUAAACAAUUUGACUGGAGUUGUACCCUCAACAUUCUCGAAGCUUAAGCAGAUUGAGAGUUUGGACCUAUCUCACAACAAGUUAAACGGAAGAAUCCCUGUUCAAUUGAUUGAGUUAAAUGCUCUAGAGGUCUUCAACGUGUCAUACAACAAUUUGUCAGGGAGCAUUCCAGAUCAAAAAGCUCAGUUUGGGACCUUCGAUGAAAACAGUUACCUAGGGAAUCCUUUUCUUUGUGGACCUCCAUUACAUAAAAAUUGCCCCGAAACAGAUUCACCCGCAACAAUGCCAUUUGCCUCAAACGGGGAAGAAGAAGGCGGUUUGAUGGAUAAGUAUGUCUUUUAUGUGAGCUUUUGGGUUUCUUACGCAAUUGUUUUAAUGGCAAUUGCUACCAUCCUGUACAUAAAUCCAUAUUGGCGACGAGCUUGGUUUUAUUUCAUUGGGAAAUGUAUCAACACUUAGCCUUGUUC